ACCCGGAAGAAGCUUCCGUUUAGGUGACGUCGAAUGUUGUUGGCCAUGAUGGCGUCGUCCGCAGAGCAGAGUCUCCUGGAGCUCACUGAUAAGGAAACUCGGGAGAAGCUGUCACACUGGGACAGUCGCGGGGAUCCAAUGGCUCCGUUAACGGACAAACAGACGGACUCGAUCCUCGAGAUCCGCGCAGCCGCAGAAGUCACGCUUCUCCCGGCGGAGCUGCCCAUCGAGGACAUCUGCAGCCUGACGUCUCGCUCUCUGCGCUCCUCGUUCACAGCGACUCUGCCCGAGUCCACGGAGGAGGUGCUUCUGCAGGGCUUUCAGAUGCUGGAGCUGGAGAACCAGCGGAUCGAGACGGCUCAGCAGUUUUUCUCCUGUUUCUCGAAGCUGCAGGUUCAGAUGGAUCAGGAUGAAGCUUCUAAGUACAGGAAGACCCGGGAUGUUCUGAACGGCUAUCAGGAUCAGUGCGACGCUAUACUGAAGGACGUGAACGCUGCGCUGGAGCACCUGGACUCUCUGCAGAAGCAGUACCUCUUUGUGUCCACAAAAACAGGAACGCUUCAUGAGGCCUGUGAACAACUGCUGAAGGAGCAGUCAGAGCUGGUGGAUCUGGCUGAGAGCAUCCAAGAGAAACUCUCGUAUUUUAAUGAACUGGAAAACAUAAACACGAAACUGAACUCCCUGACUUUGUCAGUGAACAGCGAGGGAUUCAUCCCGAUGCUUUCUAAACUAGACGACUGCAUAGAAUACGUCUCCUCACAUCCGAAUUUUAAAGACUACCCAGUCUAUCUGACCAAAUUCAAGCAGUGUCUGUCCAGAGCCAUGCUCCUCAUCAAGAGCCACGCGGUCAGCACCCUGCAUAACCUCACGGCUCAGCUCACCAAAAGGGACCCGCUGGGCGCUCCGAACGCAGACAACGCCUUCACGCUCUACUAUGUGAAGUUCAGAGCAGCGGCACCCAAAGUUCGGAGGCUCAUUGAACAAGCCGAACAGCGAUCUGACAAAAUCCCAGAGUAUCAGCAGCUGCUGGAUGAGAUUCAUCAGUGUUAUCUGGACCAGAGGGAGGUUCUGCUCAGUCCCUGUAUAAACUCCACCAUCACAGAUCUCACCAGCCAGAACAACAAGGAUCACUGCGCUCUGGUGCGCAGCGGCUGUGCGUUUAUGGUCCAUGUGUGUCAAGACGAACACCAGCUUUACAACGAGUUCUUCUCCAAACCCACGUCCAAACUGGAUGAGCUUCUGGAGAGACUCUGCUUGUCCCUGUAUGACGUCUUGAGGCCUCUGAUCAUCCACGUGGUUCAUCUGGAGACGCUGUCUGAGCUCUGCGGCAUCCUGAAGAACGAGAUGCUGGAGGAUCACGUCCAAAACAAUGUGGUCCAGCUGGGAGCGUUUGACGCCGUGGUGAAGCAGAUGCUGGAGGACGUUCAGGAGCGUUUGGUCUACAGGACGCACAUCUACAUCCAGACGGACAUCAUCGGAUACAAGCCUGCGCCCGGAGACCUGGCCUACCCCGACAAACUCCAGAUGAUGGAGAAAAUUGCUCAGAGUCUGAAGGAGGAGCAGAUGAAGUUGAGCUCGAACAGCUCUUUCUCUGACGUGCAGCUGGAGGAGUCUGAUAAUAAGAAGCUCAUCAGCUCUGAUUCGCGCUCACACAGCACAGUUUCUCCUGCGGAUCUUCACGGCAUGUGGUAUCCCACCGUCAGACGGACGCUCGUGUGUCUCUCCAAACUCUACCGCUGCAUAGACAGGGCGGUGUUUCAGGGUCUGUCACAGGAAGCUCUGUCUGCCUGCAUCCAGUCUCUCCUCAAAGCAUCGGAUAUCAUUCAAAAGAACAAGACUCAAGUAGAUGGGCAGCUCUUCCUGAUCAAACACCUCCUCAUCAUGCGUGAGCAGAUCGCCCCGUUCCACGCCGACUUCGCCAUUAAAGAGAUCUCUCUGGACCUGAAGAAGACCAGAGACGCAGCUUUCAAAUUCCUCAACCCCAAGGCUGUGCCCAACUACUUCCGUCUGAACAGCCAUAACGCCAUCCUUGAGUUCCUGCUGGAGGGUACGCCGGAGAUAAAAGAGCACUACAUCGACUCGAAGAAAGACGUGGAUCGGCACCUGAAGUCCAGCUGUGAGCAGUUCAUACAGCAGCAGACGCACAUGUUUGUGGGAAACCUGGAGGAGUUUCUCACCAAGGUAGCAGCUUUAAAAACGAUGGCUGUUCAAGGAGGACCGACGUACAACCUCUCGCAGCAACCCUGGGCUCAGCCGGCCAAAAUCAAUGACGUUGUGAUGGCCACCUAUCGCAUACUGAAGAACAAGCUGCCCGGCACCUUACAGAGCAUGUCUUUAUAUCUGGCCAAUAAGGACACAGAGUUCAUCCUGUUCAAGCCCGUCAGGAACAACGUCCAGCAGGUGUUCCAGAGACUGCAUGCGUUACUGCAGGAGGAGUACAGCGGCGAAGACCUGCAGAUCAUCGCAUGUCCCUCCAUGGAACAGAUAAAUCUGCUGCUGUCUGUGAAAUAGCCCUGGACUCAGUGAAGUUCUUCCACCUUCGGACCACGUCAGCUUCCAGAAGAUUCUGGAGAUAAACACGUCUUUAUAUCUAAAGACAGAACGCGACCCAUUCCGAGCCCUGAACACUAAAGACGCUCUGCUGCAGGUGCUUGGUCUGGUUCUUCUGUUUAGCAUUGAUACGAAAUCAGUUUGUACAGAUUGAAAUGAAACCGCUUCUGUGCUGAGUCACAUGGCUGUUGGUCUGCAGGGUCACAUCGGCACAAACACACGUGAUCCGCUAGGGGGCGCUGUGUGUUUGAGGCAGAUUUCUCAAGGAGAAAAGAGCAGAACUAGAUCGAUGAGAGAGCAAAUAACUGUACAGGUGAAGGAAAUGAUGUGCAUAACAUAUUUAUUAUUAUUUUUAAAGGAAUAUUUCACUGAGAAAUGUGUAUUCUGUUAUUAUUUAGUCACUUUCAUGUCAUUUAAAGGGACAGUUCACCCUAAAAUCAUGUCAUUCCCAACCUGCUUGCAAACCCUGAACACAAAAGAAGAUACUGUGAUCACCAAAUACUUUCGGCUCCCAUUUCAUCUUUGGAUGGAUUAUCCUUUUAAAACCUGCAUGCUACCCUUUUUUUUUUUUCUGAUGAACACAAAAGAGGUUUGUUUGAAGAAUGUUCAUGCAGCUCUUUUACAUGAAUUUUUACAGUCAAAAAACACCAUAAAAAAACUCAAAGCAUCCAUAUGACUUGUGCAUUAUAUUCCAAGCUGUAAUAUCUUUUUAAACAUCCAUGCAGGUUUGGAAUGAUAUGAGGGUGAGUUAAUAAUAACAUAAUUUUCAUAUUUAGCUGAAUUGUUUCUUGAAGCUCCCCUGUAUGCAUCAGGCUAAUUAUGCAUUUCCUCGUUUUCUUCCUUCGUUCUGGGAGUUUAGUUCAUCUUCUGUCAAAAACAUCCUCACUUCUUGGGCUUUUUGUACAUGCAUCUAUAAGUUUGAUAUAAGAUUGGCUUCCUGUUUGACACGAAUGACCCUUUUCUGUUUCGUUCUGUUGGAGUGAUUGUAAUGAAUUCAUAACUAAAGCUGAAGGUUUAUUACACGUUUUUCCUGACGAGCGGUGAUUCAUUCCUGUAGUUUUUCUAAAUAAAUGCACACAUGUUCACAAAUUCUCCAAGAACUGAAAGGCAUGAAGUUUUACAACGUGGAAAUGAGAUUUAGCUCAUUAAACAUUGAUUAAAACCUUUAUAAAAAAUAAUAA